AUGGGAGAACGUGAAGUCAAUCUUCCUCAAUUAUUUUCCGACGUUUCACGAACAAUCAACGGUAUUUCGAAUAUGAUGGGUGGUGGUGAAUCAUCUGGCGAUGGAAGCGGUUCAACAAGUGCUGGUGGCGGAACUUCGGGGGGAAGCUCGAUUUUUGGAAAUACUUGUUUCAAAGCUUGCGGAAUGGAAGAUAUUCAAUUUGCAGCCAGGGUGAGUAAAUAAAUAAAUAAAUAAAACUACAUUGUUUUAUUCAUAUUUUGUGUGAAACGGAAAACCGUAAAAUGAAAAAAGAGGAAAAAUCAAGCGUAGACAAACAUGCCUUUUUGUUCACACUUGACAAUGAACUUUCCUGAUUUGGAGAAGAAGAAGGAGCUCUUGUUUUGUAAACAUUCCAAUGUAUGUAUGUCUCAUGAAAUAUGAGUCGGUGUUCAGAAAUUGGAAUCGUGAUAUUGCAGGGGAAAUCAUAAGGUUGAUGAUAAAAUGAAUAUGAUUCAUUUUGAAAUUCAAAAAAAUUGUGAUGUUAGAUGUUGAUGACUUCAGAAUUAUUCUGUUGGGAGAAGCAAAAUAAACCAGGGAUUUUUAUAGUUUUAGGGUUGAUGAAUCUUUUUGUCAUAGAAUUUCAGUUUUUAGACCAACAGAAGAGUUUGGGUUUAUAUUUUUUGAGCAUUAGUAUUGAGAACUCAAUAGGUUUUUUUUUAUAAUAACUAUAUGGUUUCAGUUGAAAAAUACUCAAUCAAAUAUUAUUUUGAUUACAGAUAAAAUUGAUGUCAUCUAAACCGCACCCCAAAGAUUUCACCUAAAAAUUAAUUUGAAAGUUCUAAUACAAUUAUUUUUGAAAAAAUAUUUUGUGAUUAUUUUUCUAGUGGAAAAUUUUUCAAAGGUUUUUAUAAAAUGCGCGACUUGAUCGGUUAUCAAAUCCAAAUCUAAUUUGUAACGUGAAAAAUGUUAAUAUGUCAGAAAAUUUAUAAAUUAUCUAAAAUCCACAAGCUCCCGGAAAAACACAAACAACAUCCAAAUUUCAGUCAGCUGGUGAAAUGUUCAACACAAUCAAAUUCUGCGUUCUAAUGUCAACAAUUGUUUCACUUCUCAUUCUCUUCUUCCUUUCCUUGGCAUUUUGCUACUAUAUUUGUUCACAUAAUCAGGUGAGUCAGUAAAAAAAAGUUAUCCCAAACAAAUCAAAAUCAUUUGAUUUGUAUAUCUUUCAAAAUUGUCAAAUUAUUAUCACCUCUCAAUUUUUUGUCGCUUCCGAAAAAGUAAACAUUUCCCCUCAAAUCAAAAUCACGUUGUGUCAAUAAACUUUUUAAUAUUCUUGAAAGAAAAUUGGGGGAUUAACUGAAAUGAAGAUUUAUUUUCGAACUAAAUUUCAGAACUGUUCAAACUGCUCGAAUCGAAUUUCAUUGCCAUCAUUUUUCAAGCGAGUUGUUCCACCGCCGACUACAAAUAGUCAAAAAUAA